AUGUCAUCGGGCAAGCUUCAGUCAGAUCAGUCCCCUACUGAGGAACCGCCGCCGGCCGAUGCAGCACAUGUUGCGCCUAAAGCCAUUCGGUGCGACAGGUCAGUCCCAUGCUCGCCAUGUGUGCGCAUGGGACUGAAUUGCGUAGUAUCGCCCCGUGUUCGAAGACACAGACGGCCGCGAACGAGUGCUGCGACCGGAGGUGCCGAAAGCUUCUCCUCCGUUGCCGAGCGACUUGAAAAGAUCGAAAGCCUCAUGGAUGUUCUGACAGGAGACCCUCAUACCCGUUCCAGGAUCGAUGAGCUCUUCACCCAAGCUCACCGCACGCCGUCUACAACUUCUGGGAAGACCCUUACGGCCCACCAAGGCCAUCAGACCAUUCAAGCCACUACUCCUUCAUCCUUGCACUCCAACUCUCAGCCAUCAUCGCUCUACAAUACUCAGUCUUCAACCCCACAGUACCGCAAGGUUGAAGGCGUGGCCGAUGAUGAUGGCGAAGCAAAUGAUAGCGGGGACAUUGAAGCUGAAGGCCCCUCUUCCUUGUCAGCCCACUCCAAGUUUGCAGCAGACUAUAUCGAAGGGAUAGUCGCCCUCAAUGGGGGGGAGAGUCCCAGCGGCGAUACUCUUGGUCUUCUCAAUGACCUUCAACAUAAGAUUCUAGUAGUCCGCAAGAAUCAGCGGUCUUUGAAACACAGGCUUCCCACUCUGGGCGAAGCUUCAUUGUCAACUCGCAGUCACAAAGAUAUGAUACCACUCGACGUAGCUAUUCAACUCCUCCGAAAAAGUCGCAGUCUCCUCGGCGAACCACACAUGAUGAAAGACGAAGGUGAGAAUCUCAUCGAGAGAGAAAAACGACCCUCUCUUGCAUGGGAUUUGAUUGUUGCGGCCCGGGAGAUCUCGCACUCACUGGGGUAUCACAAAAGGCAGCGAGGGACUGACGGUGGGUCGCAAGAACCAAACCACGCUGGACUUCUCUUCUGGCUCAUAUACUUCUUUGAGAAGACUCUUAGCCUGCGCCUAGGCCGUGCUUCCACCAUUUCGGAGGUAGACGUAACUGUGCCUCCUCCCGGUAGUGGCAAUACGUCAUGCCCAGUCCAGUCUUACUGCUACAUUCAAGUUCGGAUGGCUAGGCUCGCCGGCAUGAUUUACACAGAUCUAUACUCGGCACAAUCACUACUCCUGGACUCUGAGACGAGACGAGCUAGUAUGGAAUCCCUCUCUCGGCACGCGCGAGAGAUACACGAAGAUACUCUGGCGAGCAAGGCUCAUUUCGAGCGACUCGGCUAUUACGAAACGUCGCGGCCCUGCCUUGAGUACCUAUUCAUUGGGGACGAAGUUGCUCACUUCUCGGUCCUGACUAUGAUUCACCGCGCUGCGCCAAGCGAGUCACUGGCACAGCCUUUCUCAAAUGAAUGCAUUGCAUAUGCCAGACAGGCAUUUGCGCGCCACGAUAGCUUCGAUAAGAGCAAAAGACCUGUUUUGUUCUCAUACAUGAACUGGGCUUUACUGUUUCUUCCUUUCAUUCCUUUUUUCGUGUUGUUCUGCAACGUUGUCGAAAAUGGGAGCCGAGACGAUCUCAAAAGACUGGAAAUAUUUGUUCAAUCCAUCGGGGCCGCGUCAGAGGACCCUGGUCUAGCAGAUCACUAUCAGCUCUUCGGGGCUUUUUACAACGCCGCGCAACAAUACACGGAUAGCAGAACCGAUAUACUUUUGCCGAAGCAGACGAGAGAGGAGCUGGACCAAUGGAUGGAGUCAUACCUGAGUCCGCUUGGCCUACAAGGACAGAUGAACUUCGCUCAGCCAUUCCAGGGCGAUAUCGAGAGCGAUGGAGUGCAAAUUUCGUCACAAGGUAGGCCAAUUAUCAUGGAGGGUGCUUCGACAGACGAGAGCGGACUUGUCCACUACCAGGGGUAUCCGGCUGAGCAACUUCAGAACUUGAACUGGUUCGGGAUGAAUCAGCAGCAUUCGAUGGACAUGAUGAACUUUGACAGCUCAUAG